UUUAAAAAAAUAUUUUAGGCAGGGACACUUUUAUGUCCUGAUGCCCUAAUGCCUUAUCAUAGCAAAAGGUAGUCGUAUUUAAGAAUUUGUGUGAAAAUCAGCUGUCUGAAGAAUGGCUCUUAAGCAAGAAUCUGCAUGUAUGAAAAUUAGAGAUACUGGGAAAACAAAACAUCAUGCUUAUUACGAAUCAUUUAUUUAUACAUUACAAGCCAAAAGCCACACACCAUCUCUUUAAGGUAGGCUAAGGAUAAUGUCGAUUCUCGACUUUAUAAGUUUGUUGGCAAAACGUAAUCGGCAUGCCCGCGGACCGCCCGCGGUUGCCUGACGUUGCGCACGCGCAGAGCCUUUAGACCUAAAGUGAUGUUGAUCUAGUACGCACCGGAAAUCAGCGUACAAAUUGUUGACUGAGAUUUCGAUUCGCUCUGGAUUAUUUAACUGUAUUUAAUUUUCACGAUCAUCAAUCAUGGUCCAAAUAAUUUGGCUAUCGUUGUUCCUGUCAGCAAUGAUUUUUUACAAUAUCGUCAUCUGUGAGAAGAAUGUCACACCGAUACAGUUUCCAAUAUUUAACUUAAUCAUGAAAUCAGCCGCACCAAACUACUUUCCGUUAAACCCUAGCGAUCCUUUUGACUUUUUAAGGGAUUCGUUUCCACUGCCCGAUGGUCUAAAAAUUCCUCUAUCAGAAUAUGACUACAUUAUUGUGGGAGCUGGUUCAGCAGGCUGCGUGCUCGCUGCUCGGCUAUCUGAGGAUCCCUCAGUGACUGUCCUCCUGCUAGAGGCUGGAAGGCCGGAGAACUUAUUAACCAGCAUACCGAGUAUAGCACCUUACUUCCAAAGAACGGAGUAUACAUGGCCUUAUUAUAUGGAACCACAGCCCGGAGUGUGUCUUGGUAUGAUAAAUAAAAGGUGUUUCUGGCCACGAGGAAGAGCAGUGGGUGGUACCGGUUCUAUAAACUACAUGAUCUACACUCGCGGACGACCUGAAGAAUGGAACAGAAUUGCGGCUGCUGGUAACUAUGGCUGGUCUUACGAAGAAGUACUUGCAUAUUACAUGAAGUCGGAACGAGCAAAUCUCAGAGGUUUGGAAAACUCUCCUUACCGCGGGAGAAACGGCGAAAUGGAUAUACAGUUUGUUAACUUCAGGACCCCUUUAAUAGAAGCAUUUCUGGAAGCAGGCAGAAUAUUAGGUAGCCCUACAAUAGACUACAAUUCUCCAGAACAACUGGGAUUUGGAUAUGUGCAGACGAACACGAGAACUGGCAGAAGAUUAAGUUCAGCAGGGGCAUUCUUAAGACCAAACAAAAAGCGUCCCAACUUACACAUUGUGCCAUUAGCAACUGUCACUAAAGUACUCAUCAAAAAACGAACCAAAACUGCAUAUGGAGUAGAAUACGUCAAAAACCAUUUGAAGAGGAAGGUGACGGCUCGAAGAGAAGUCAUAUUAUCAGCUGGACCAAUAGCUUCCCCGCAAUUACUUAUGUUAUCAGGAGUUGGUCCAAAACAUCAUCUAAAAAGCCACGGCAUAACUGUCAUUCAAGAUCUUCCUGUCGGAAAAACUUUAUACGAUCACAUAACAUACCCAGGUUUAAUAUUCACAGUAAAUGUCACGAAUAUAAGCAUUAAUGAGAAUAGGGACGGGAAUAUACAAAACAUACUUGAUUGGUUGCAAUUCGGUGAUAAUUUAGUUGCGAGUCCCGGCGGAGUAGAAGGAAUCGGGUACAUCAAAACUCCUUUAUCUAAUCCGCAGGACCAAAUUCCAGAUAUUGAAUUAAUAAGUAUUGGUGCUUCACUGGCAGCUGAUGGUGGACCCACCGGAAGCAAAGCUGUGAGACGAGGAAUGAUGAUUUCAGAAGAUGUAUUCGACAAAGCUUAUGGAGCUGUCGACAACACGGAUGCAUGGAGUGUGUUCCCCAUGUUACUACAUCCCAGAUCCGUGGGAUAUCUUGAGUUGAAAGAUAGUAAUCCCUUUAGUCAUCCUCGAAUGUACGGAAAUUAUUUAACCCAUCCUAUCGACGUAGCGACGCUGAUUGCAUCGAUAAGAUACGUGCAGGCAUUGAUUGCAACACCACCGUUCCAGCGUUACGGACUGAAGUUGCACAAAGCGCAGUUCCCAACUUGUCGUGGGAUGCAAUAUGACAGUGACGAGUAUUGGGAGUGUGCAGUGAGGACGUUAACAGCGACACUGCAUCAUCAGAUAGCAACGUGUCGUAUGGGCCCAGCUGGCGAUCCACUCGCCGUUGUAGACCCCGAGUUAAGAGUUCACGGCAUCAAUCAUUUGCGUGUCGUGGACUCCAGCAUCUUGCCUCGCACAGUGUCUGUACAUACUCAUGCACCAGCUGUCAUGAUAGGAGAAAAAGCUGCCGAUUUAAUUAAAGACACUUGGAGUUAGUUAAGACUGUUAGCUUAGAUUCAUAAUGUGCAUUUAUUUUUUGUAAAUAGGCGUAUUUUAAAUUACAUAGACAUUAAUUUAGCAUUUCAAAUAUACUUUUACUAAGUUUUAUUUGUUUAAAUUAUUGUUACAUGUGAAGAUUUUUACUUGAAGUAAGGUAAGCUUUAAAUUA